GUCAACUUGGAUGUCCACAGCCUGUUGGAACAUUCCCAAAAGCGUAUAACUCAAUGUCGAGCCGGCAGCGUCAACACCCUGCACAUCAAGUGAAUUCGAAGCCAUGACUUACCAUAUAAUUAGUUCAAGCAAGACAAGUUUCACAAUCAAGCACAACCCCAGCUCUCGAAAUGGAUAGUAACAACUGCACCAGUCAACCCAAUGUCCCAGAGAAGUCCGGAAGAUCACAAAUCCCGAAAGGACAAUGCCCUACAGCAAGAACAAAGAACCCAGCAACUCAGUCAGACAACAAAACGCCUCCAACCCUCGAAACCCUCCCCUACGACCUUCACCACACUCUCCUCCUCUACCUCGACCCCGCCAGCUCCGCCUCUCUCGCAGUCGCCUGCCCUGUCAUCUAUCCGCUGCAUUGGAAGCGUCACGGGAGUGUACCGCUUAGGAUGUUAGCUGAUAGUAAUCGAGUUGGUGCAUUGAAAGGAGCCAAACCGUUUUUGCAUGAGAUGUUGAGAAGUUGGAUGGGGAAGGACGGGGUGGGGUUGAGGUACAGUGGGUAUAAUGAGUUGUUUGUUACAAUGGAGCGGUGGUUGGAGUUGGAGGAGGCGAGGUGGAGUGAUGGGUGGGAGAGCUCUUGACUGGGUUUAUACGGAGGGGGAUGGGAGAAUGGAAGAAGGGGG